AUGUUACCUGAGUGGAUGAUCGAUGUUCCUGAGAAUCUAAGCAGAGACUGGUAUGUGCUAGCGAGACCAGCAGAGAAGAUAUGUUUUGUAGUGUCAGCAGAUGGAACAACUGUUAGUAGGUUACGUAAGGGAUCUGUGUUGCACCAUUUUCCUUCUGCGUUGCCUGGUGGUGCUAGGAAGAAAGGUGUUUCUGGUACAGCACAAUCAUAUUCAAUACUUGAUUGUAUAUUUCACGAGUUGGAUCAGACGUAUUAUGUGAUUGAUAUGGUUUGUUGGAGGGGUUACUCGCUUUAUGAAUGUACAGAAGAGUUCAGGUUCUUUUGGUUGCAGUCAAAACUUGACGAGACUGGUGCUUGUGAUCCGCCUUCUUUUUACCAUAGGUUUAAGUUCAGUGUUGUUUCUUUUUAUAACUGCGACCAAGGCGGACUUCACUCAGCUUAUACAGGAUCAUUACCUUAUGUCAAGGAUGGAUUGUUGUUCUAUAAUAAACAUGCACAUUAUCAUACUGGGAAUACUCCUCUGGUGUUGAUAUGGAAGGAUGAGAGGUGUAGUCAGUAUGUCACUGAUACAGACAACAAUGGACAUGUUUUAAACCAACAACAUAUUGUGUUGGAGUUGCAAGAUGAUGGGAAAUUGUAA